GAUUCUGUCGCAUAUUCCCACCAUUUAAUAUGGUAUAACCGGCGGAGCCUUCUGCUGUCGAGCUUGGCCAGCCAGUGCAAUUUCGAAUUUCAGCUCGCUGCAACUCAGCAAAUUUUGCAAUUGCAGAGAAGAGCAAUGCUGUGAACAGGUUAGGGGCGCUUUGUAUUUUGCUGGAGAAGGAAACAUGGCCACACGCUGCUGUCACACGCCUGUGCAGGCCAGCAGGCAUGUCCUGUCAGGGGGUGCAUCCAAUUGGCAGCUGGAAGAACAUUAUACGUCCUUCUUGCUUGCACGAGAUGCCAAGAGGCUUGCCUCGAGCUUCCUCCCAAUCAGCACGCCCGCGAGAAACCUCUCCUGUGCCUGCCCCAAGUCAGUAGGCAGCUUGUCCAAUCCUAGGAACAUUUCCCUGCGGUCAGCAAAUGAGAGCUCGAAUGGCCCAACCACGUCGCGUUCCAUUUGGGAAAGUACUUUUGAUGCACAAACUGUCAUGAGCGAUGCAGAGGACGAUGACGUGCCCUCAGCAAGUGACCCAGCCAGCUCCUGGGAAGAACUCGAGCGGGACGAACUGGAAGCCGUCCUGAAUGACGAAACCAACCCGGCGCACUGGCUCCGGGAAUGGGCGGAGAACAAGGAGGAGGACAUGCACGCAGCAGCAGACCUCGCCUACUCGGCCCUUUCGGAAAGCGCAUGUUGCACGGGGACAAACCACUCCAUGAGUUCCACGCUGGUCAUGGGGCUUGCCAUGGCAAUUGGCUUAGCGGGGCUUGCAGGGCCAGCAGUAGCGGCUGAGGCUGGGAGUGUCGGCCAGCCGGCAAUUGGGGCGUUGGGUGCGUUGUUUGCGGAGGAGCCGGCAAACGCGCUGUCCCUUCCAACGUGGAUCAUUCACGUGGCCAGUGUUGUUGAAUGGGUCACGGCAAUUGCGCUGGUUUGGCGCUAUGGGGACAGCGAUGAGCCAGGCAGGAGGGCCUGGAAAGGCUUGGCCUGGGGCAUGGUCCCAUUGCUUGCGGGCGCAUUGUGCGCCUGCACGUGGCACUUCUUUUACAACGCUCCAUCUCUUGAGAUCAUCGUCGCCCUUCAGGGCUUCUUCACGGUGCUCGGCAACUGCACGCUAUGGUACGCUGCCUUUCGGAUUUAUCAGCGUGCACAGAAGACGGCUUGAAUAAUGCAAAAGGUUCCUCUGGCAGGUCAGAACUGGGACAAGAUCAUGGUGGCGUUCACUGAGUCUGGUUUGGAGAUCCAUUUCUACGUGUUUUCAAUUGACAGUCCUAAAUUCUUUGAGUAUGUGCACGCUUGGUUUAUAGAAUGGUGUAGGAAAACUGCCAAAAUGGUGCAGAUUAGUACUAAAGGGUGUCAUAGCAGGUCAAAACACUUUCUGCUUUGAGCUGGUCGAAUUAGUCUAGUGUGGUAGACAAGAAGUGUCAGUGUUAAGUGCAUCAGCAGUCGUGCAACUACUAUCAGUCUCUUGUACGCAGAGCAGGUCAACUUGUGUACAAAAGUUUUGCAUUUUCGUGCAAAGUUACACACAAGUUAAUGGACAUGCCUUCAGUUUAGCUGCUCGACGACAGGAAUGAUCCCACCACAUGGCCCGGCCGGCGCAGUGAUUUGGAGCUAGUCAUGGUCAGUGCCAGUUUUCUAGUCAUG